UACUCUACUUCGCCUUUGAUCUCUGUUAUUAUAAACUCGCUGCUUUCUCUUACCAAUCCGCCACCGACACGCAUUGCUCCAUCUCCGACGCCGUCGCUGUUUCCGUCACCGGCGUUUUGUGUCUCCGCAUUACCACAGCUUCACUCCGAUUGGCCUGCAUCUGCGAAUCAAUCCUAAUGUGCAGCUGAAUAAGAAACAUAUGGAGCUUCCUUGUAGCAAGGUUUUCCAGGUACGAUAAACAGGGGGAUCACAGAUACUACCAUGGAUGGGCGUUUUGAACCCACAAGGAAUUCCAAUGACCAACAAUCUCUAGGAACAAGUGGAAACGCACUGCGCCAAGCAAGCCAAUGUUUGAAUCCCCAAUCCAAGUUCAAAUCACAAAAGCCUAGUUUGUCCUAUGCUGAUCUCCAUCAUGAAAUUACCAAAAAUGUAAAAGAUAUCCCACCCAUCUCUGAUGGAAACCACCAAAAGCAACGUAUUGAUAGAAAGACAACUGAAGCUGAUGAACUUGUCAAGUAUAUGUCAAAGUUGCCGAGCUAUCUUCAGAGAGGAAAAAACCUCCAGGAGAAAGCUCUAAAUGUUGGAGUUCUUGACUGGGGGCGCCUAGAAAAAUGGCAGUAUAGCCAUAAACAGAUGCCAUACAGAAGUAGCAGGUAUUCACCGUCCAGUAGUAAUACAACCUCAUCCUUUUCGACAGAUGAAUCAUCAACCCAUUCUAGCAGAGGUCACAGCUGUUCUCCUGCUCGUCUUAGGAUGCACCGUCCUUCCCUCCAAUCUCAUUUCAUGAUUUCUCCAUCGGAAGGGCCUUCUGAAGUUGUCAAAUCCUUUAGAGAAAGUGUUGGAAAGUUUCAGGAUCCUGAAGCUGACCAGAGUGACAAUCUGAAUGGACCGGAGAAGUUCAUUAGACCAGAUAAGUCCUUCAUCAAGUUGCCACAGUGCAAGAGAAAAGGUUCAGACCCAAAGACUGAGCCAGAAAAAGGAAUGCGGAAUGGGUUACAGUCUGAGAUGGCAGCCACAGAUUUAAGGGUAAAGAAAAACUCUCAUGAUGCUGAGUUUCCGAAGAAAGUAGACAAAUUGCAGCAGCCAUGUUCAGAAGAAACCCCUGAAGGUUGCAAUAGAAUUGUUCUGCUUUUGCCUAGAGAUGUUCCUGAACGAAAUCAUUCUGGGCCUGGGAUCCCUCACAUUUCUGAUUCUGAAACACUGGGUCAAAGAGCUGCAGAAACUUCUCGACUAAGCUUGCCAGAGAGACCAAAGGAGGCCUCCUUUGCAGAGCUCAAUUCUGAUCUCCCCCAUUCGUGCCGUUUUCCUUCUGAAGUUGAUCGUAAACACUUUAGGGUAAAACAUCUCGGCUCCACUGGUGCAGCAAGUGGCAGCUUUCACUCUAAUACAAUUGGCUCAGCAUCACAGUUGGCUCUAAAAUCGUCAACAGGAACGAGCCCAUCCAGAGCCAGAAUUCUUGAAAACAAAAAAGCAACUGGAGUAUCAACAUCUUCAACUUUAACUGAGUCUCAUAGAGGAUCAGAUUUAAAGCCAGGCAAAGUAACUGCUGAAAAAGUAAGAAGCUCAUCACCUUUCCGCCGAUUAAGCAUUGCUGUAGGUAAGAUGAGUAAAACCUCCAGUUCUAAAGACUCAUCAGAGGUACAACAGCUUAGGUCCACAACUUUCCAGUCUAGACCUGAUCCGGGGAACAAUGUGGCUUCCACUUUCCUGGAUACUUCAGACAUUGAUAAGGCCAAUGCCACUGGCAAAGCCAGAUCCAGCCCGCUGAGGAGGUUACUGGAUCCACUGCUGAAGCCCAAGGUAGCCAACUGCCAUCACUCAGUGGAGUCAUUGGAGAAAGAUUCCAUAUCAACAAACAAGCUAGGCAUGACUGGUUGUAGGGAAAUUAAUGUCAAUGAAUUCUCUACAGAUAGGAAGACUAGACCAUCAGCAGUUCAAGCUCUUCUACGAGUUGCUGUUAAAAAUGGGCUUCCCCUGUUUACAUUUGCAGUACACAAUGACGUUGACAUUCUUGCGGCCACAAUGAAGAAGUUGAAUAGCUCAGGAAAGGGUGAUUGCAGUUGUAUCUACACAUUCUUCAGUGUGCGGGAAGUUAAGAAAAAGAAUGGAACUUGGCUGAAUCAUGGAAGCAAAGGCAAGGGUCAUGAAUACAUCCGUAAUGUUGUUGCUCAAAUGAAGGUUUCUGAUUCACAGUUUCCCAAUUUGAUUAGAUUGGAUCAGUUUAGCGUGAGAGAGUUUGUGUUAUUUUCAGUAAACCUUAAGCAGGCAGAUUGUCAAACCUCAGACUUCCAGGCAAAUGAUGAACUUGCAGCCACUGUUGUCAAAAUCCCGAAAAAGAGUCAGACAUCAUCUACAGAUUGGCGUCAAAGGGAUACCUAUAAUGACUUGCCUGUGCUUGGGUCAGAAGAGUGUUUGUCAAAGGUGAGACGUCACUCCUAUUCUGUGGAAGAUGUACAGAGCAAGCAGUUUGUUGGUAGUCAAGGCCUCAUUUGCACAACAGUCAUACUUCCUAGUGGUGCCCAUAGUCUUCCGAGUAACGGAGGACCAUCAUCUCUGAUUGAACGUUGGAGUACAGGUGGGUCAUGUGACUGUGGGGGUUGGGAUUUGGGUUGCAAAUUACGGAUAUUGGAAAACCAGAAUCAAGCCAGUGAGAAUUUGACCUCACAUAAGGUUUGUUCGAUUCCAGAUCGCUUCGAGCUUUGCUAUCAGGGAGUACAAGAAAACCAACCUGCUUUAAGUUUAGCCCCAUUCAAGGAUGGGAUCUACUCAGUUGAGUUCAGUUCUUCACUCUCAGUUUUACAAGCAUUCUCCAUUUGUAUAGCAGUGUUAGAUAGUAGGAAUCUAUGUGAGUUCUCAGAGUUCCGGGAAAGCAAAGCAACAGUGCAAGAUGAUGGAACAAGUGAUCCAAAUCAAACAGAAGGGGAAGUUCCUGCAAGAUAUGCCUCAUAUCCCCCUCUUUCACCAGUCGGGCGUGUCUAGUUUUACUGUGACUGCAUCUCAUAUUUACAAUAUAUAUCUUCAGUUGGUCGGGUUGGCAUUGUACAAAAUUUGCUGUUGGUGCCUAUACUUGAUUUCCUGAGCGAAGCUGUAUUUAGUGCAUCGAAUAUAUUGUAAGAGGAACUGUUUCGUCUGUUUAAAAUGUGCAUAUAGCGAGUCUCUAGUAGGUUAUCUCCUAAAUCUCAAUAAACUCCAUUUAAGAUGGCAAUAUUCAUCAUGGAGAAUGUUGAAUACAAUAACUGGAGAAUUGGGUGCAAGCCCCCUCCUUUGAUAUUGAAACAAGGAUCCUGCAGUCUAUUUAUAUUGCUUCUUGGUUA